GGAAACGUCUAUGUUGUCAAGACAACAAGUAAACACUGGCCUGAGUAGACAUGGCUGAGCUGCUGAGAGUCCAAAGUGAACUCGAGGAGUUUCAAAAGGAAUAUUUCUUCAGGAACUGCCAAGCCGAGCAGAACAGACAGAAGGAGGUCCAGGCUGCCACCCGGAUUCAGAGCUGGUUCAGAGGCUGCAAAGUGCGGGCUUACCUCAGCCAUCUGCACAUGAAGGCAAUCAUUAUACAGAAGAUAUGGCGGGGCUUCACAGCAAGGGCACGUGUCAGACAAAUGGUGAAGGCGGCAUAUUUUAUCAUGAAGAUGAAUUUCUACGAGGAGAUGGCGGUCAGGAUCCAGCGGAGAUGGAGAGGAUUCUUUGUGAGGAAGUACAUCCAUAACUUCUACGCACGGAAACGCUACAUGGAAGGGCUCGCCAUAAAAAAUGAGCUGGUCAGGAGGGAACUGGACAAAAUUGAGGAAAUCCAGAAGAGACAGAGAGACUGUCUGGAGAUGGCGAAAGAGCAGACAGCCAAAGUCUACCAGGCUCAUCGGUUACACCACCUCCUCAGUACUAAGCAGAGCCCAGGAGUCUACAACUCUCCAUUCAGGCCGGCGCCCCAUGAGAUGGAGCUACUGCUGAGGCAGGUCAAGUACCAGGCCCCCACCAGGCUGGCCCCCAGAGGCAGGGCGUGUCCCUUGGGCAUUCCUGACCCAACAGCCCCCAGUUUCCCCGGGACUGUUGAAUCCCCGUGGAUAGAAACCACUAGAACCGGCUUCUCCAGGCCCACACUGCCUCCCAUCGUUGGCAAGAAACAGCAGGGUCUCGUCAGAGAGCCGGGAGAUGUGUGGGAACAGCGUGUGCAUUGUCCCGACGUGAUGUUGUGUCUGCAGACCUCAUACACUCACCUGGAGGAGGCACAAAAUCAGCUGCGGGAACACGAGUCACUAAGACUCCCCAGUGUCACACUGGAAAUGAUAAGUAUGCUCCACCCUCUGAGCCACAGCAGUAAUUCCUUCACUCAGCCGGCCUACGCCAGCAAGAGCUUCAGAUGAUUACACCCUGACUUUGAGAGAGGCCAUUGAAGACAAUGUUUGCUGGUCUGCACUCCACGGCACACAGCACUGUGUGAUACACCUCCACUCUGCUCUGAGAAAAUUAACAGAAGUAAGAAUAAAGUUUAUUUCAUUUGCA